AUGGCCGUGCAGGCCUCACCACUAUCUGCCUCUGGGACUUUGUCAUCACCGCGAACUGGAGCUCUCUACCCUCCAAACAGUAGCUCCCCAUUAUCUCCUACCUCCAUCCAGGCCUUGGUGACUUCUACUCUGCUUUCUGUCUCUGUGAAUUUGACUACUCUCGGCACUUCCUACAAGUGGGAUCAUAUGGGCGGGCUCCACGGUCCUCUUCCCACUUUGGCGCCUGAUGGGUUGCUCGCUCUGCGAAGGACAGGCCUCCUAGAUCCAGAACCAGAGCUCGCAGCCGGGUCUAGGGCAGAAACUCGUCUUCAGAAAAGAAAAAUCUUGGAAUCCAAGAGGUGGGGCCAGAGGCGCGUCCUCCCUGGACCCCGCCCUUUAGCUGUCUCCGCGGAGGGAGCGGAGUUCGGGGCUCCCGGGAGCACGAAUGUGGAGACUCCGGUGCUCAUGGCUCGCGUCCUAGGCCCCGAGGGCCCCUCCGCGCCACUCCUGGCGGCGGGGAGGGGGAGGUUUCGUCGGGCGGCCGGGAUCCUGGCGCACGUGUGCGGGCUGACCCUGCUCAUGAAAAGGUACAUUGAAAAGAGUCGAGCAGAAGAAUGGGCCCGAUUUUACUUAAGCAUAAAGAACCAUUCAGCUAAUGAACUAUUAUUCGACAUGAGCAAUUUUUCUAAAUAUAGCUUGAGCAAAGAUUUCGCGAAGCUGAAAACAUUGAUGUUCAUUCAACCUAAGCAAAGGAGCCAAGAAAAUCUCCGAGAGAUUCAACUAUGCCUAAAGAAGAACAGGUCAUUUCACAGUUUGCCAAAUGAAGUGCAGCUGCAACUUUGCCAGACUGCGAUCUAUCAAGAGUUGGAAGCUGAAAGUAUGCUUCUAAGGCAAGGACAUGUACCACUUGAAUGCUACCUGAUUCUUGCUGGACAUUUAAAGGUCAUGUCAAGCAGUACAAACAUGAACAAAAAUACCAACUCUGAAAUUUUAAGUGAGUUUGAAGAAGGUGAUUUCAUAGGGGAAAUCUGCCUUUUAACUAACACCAAUCGGCCUGCUUCCAUUUUAUGUAAAACAGAUGUAAAACUUCUCGUAAUAAGUAAAGAUGAUUUUUACUGUACUCUUGCACAGAGAAUACAGGAACGGUAUCAAGAAACACACAGCUUUCUAAGGAGCCUCCCGUUGUUCUUCUCGUGGCCUAAAGAAAAGAUAGACUUUCUGGUUCACUGUUCUUUACGCCGAUACUACAGGGCUGGGCCAACCAUUGUCUCUGACAACUUCAACUCCCACUUUCUUGUAUUCAUCAUAUCUGGUCGUUGUCGGAUAAUUGCUCAGAUGAACUGUGAAGAAAUAUCUGUACAUUCCUGUGUAACGAAGACCAGCUCUUCCACCCUGAAAAAUCCCCAUGCUGUUCUCCCACCAAGAGGACCUCUCGAUGUAACUGGAAGAAGUUUGGAAACAGCCACAGUUUCUCCCAGGACUUCAUUCUCAGCUGCUAGGAAAAAAACACUAGACACAAAGAAACCUCCACUCCAGGGUGAUGCUGCUCUCUGCUUUUGGGACCACAUAACUUGGGCCUACUGCAUUUCCCUGACUUUCUAAAAGCCACAGGAUUUUUGUUUGUUUUUUCCUUUUGUUUUUAGAAAAUA